UUGAAACUAUUCUUGCGCAUAAACCCUCCUUGGUUCACGCACACCGUACAUUCAUUUGCAACUGCUGGUCCAAGAACAUGAUUGCUCUCGGAAUCAUCGUCGUCGUUCUUACGUAUUCCCAGUUAUGGGAUCCGGUCGAAUGCGGAUGCAUCUAUUCUGCCUGCGGAGCGGGUGUGACUAACAAUCUGCAAGCCCGAAUAAAGUACAACGAUCGUUUCCUCGCCUGCAGCUACCAACCCCAACCUGACGAGAGGUGCCCGUGCUAUAAUAUAGAAGAAAACGGGGCUCCCUGUUUGGCCAUGGUGAAUUCUUUUGAGGGCCGGUGCUUCAGAGGGGAAUGUUACGACAACUUGAGGUACCUGGUUAUCCGAUAUGGACAGCGGCUGAACUAUAGCGUACCGUGCCCAGUUCCGUCGGAUUAUAUGUACCACAUGCACGGCGAAACAAGAUGGAAUUUCGGCUGCAAAUAUAAUUGCCUCAACAAGCCUCACAACGAAGUCAGUCAUCCUGAUGAUUCUCACUGUCUGGUUCCAUCACAGGCAUCUCCUGGCAUUUGUGACAAAGGCUAUUGCAAGAUAAUAUAAGAUGACUGAAGAAAUCCAGAGGUAGCUUUGGUGGUCAAUGCCUCUAUGGAAUAAAAUCUAUUUGAAUCCUUG